CGCGCGCCUUGAUUUUACUGCUACUUGUUGCUAGUUUUACGAAAAAGAGGUGGAUCAUUAUGACAAUAAAGAAUUAUAAGUAAAAAUUGUUAAAAUAAUUUUUAUUUAACGAAUAACUUGUUAACGAAAUGAAAACACGAAGUAUAAGAGAGUAAUAAACAUUAUUCGGGAUCAAAGGAUGAUGUUAGUUUUUUUGUUAUUGUGUCAGUGAUAUUAAAAAACGUUGAAGUUGUGAACUCAUAUCUAAAAUCUAAACGAUAAUUAAUAGAUUUUUUGAUGGACAAUCAGUGUAUCACUUCUUUUAUUGUUAUUGUAUGGAGGUGGUCAGAAUAUUUUAUAAAAUUUAUAUUUUCCAAGGAGUCGGACAUAACCUAGCUUUUACUCCUAAAUUAAAACGCCGAUUUUGAUAUGGCGUACGAACGUUUAAUUAUAUUUUUAUAUUUUAUUACCGCAACGAUUUUCUCAAAUAUUGCAUCUCAACAAGUGCAGGAGAAUCACAAUACUGGACUUGCUUGCGAACAAGAUGACCCGCUUAUUAUUUUUUCUACUCUGGAUGGUGCAUUAAUUGGAGUCGGUCAAAGGUCUGGUGAAAUACGAUGGAAACAGGAUGAUGAACCACUUGUCAAAGUACCAAUUAAUUGCUCUAAAACUGCAAUGCCUAUUUUUCUACCAGAUCCAAAAGAUGGGUCAUUAUAUUUAUUUGGAACAGACUCAGAAGCUCUUAAAAAACUACCUUUUACUAUUCCACAAUUAGUAGCUAAUAGUCCUUGUCGUAGCAGUGAUGGUAUAUUAUAUACUGGUAGAAAGAUUGAUACAUGGUUUACAGUUGAUCCUAGGACAGGUAGAAGAGAACAAGUUUUAGGUUUUGAUAACGUAGCAAAUACAUGUCCUGUAGAAAUUCAAGAUGUUAUUUUUAUCGGGCGCACAGAAUAUAAUAUCAUAAUGGUGGAUAGUAAACAAAAAGAUAGACAAUGGAAUGUAACAUUUUAUGAUUAUUCUGCAGCGAAAAUGGAGAACAAUGAAGAUGAAAAUUAUGAUUUAGUACAUUUUACUACAAGCUCAACAGGCAGAGUUGUAACAUUGGAUAAAAGGCUAGGCUCAAUUUUAUGGCAAUUAAAUUUAGAAAGUCCAGUUGUAGCAACUUAUACUGUCACUAAGGAUGGUCUAUUAACUCUACCAUUCACUAGUGUUGCAGAAGGAACAUUAGAUAAUUUACUAGAACACUUUGUAACCAAACCAAAUUAUAUUCAAUUGUUCCCUACAUUAUAUAUCGGACAACAUGAAUAUGGAUUUUAUGCUUUACCGUCUUUAGUUGAUUCAACAACUGCAACUAUAUCAAGUAAAGCAGGAUAUUUGUUGCUAGAAGGGCCAUUAACAAUUGCACAGAUUCAUAAAAAUGAUAACAGAAUUCCCUUAUUCGGGGAUCAUAUAGUUGUUGGAAAUAUCAAUAUUGCUAAUGAUGAGUAUCAAAGUAUUACACCGCAAAGUAAUAUUAUCACAUUAGGCUAUUACGAAAUACCAGCGGAAUAUAAUUCUGAGAAUCAACCACUUCAAAUUACUGGAAGUUCUGAAGUACUUCCAAUAGAAACAUCAUCCUUGAAUUUAACAACGCAUUUACCAACUACAUUAGCUUAUAAUACAUCAAUAGCUGAUGAUGGAAUUCAAGAGGGAAAUUGGCAUAAAAUUUUAGCUGAAAGCUAUAGAGCAAGCAAAAAGUGGCUUAAUCAACAAGAGAACAAAGGAUUAAAAUUAGCACUUAUUAUACUUGUUGGAUGUAUAGUUACAAUGUUUUGGUAUUUCAAUGCACAAUUUAAAGAAUUUCAACAGCUGUCACAGGGUUCACGAGAAAAUAGUCGCACAAACAGUAAUAGUAAACGUAGUAACAUUGUUAUUCCUGAAGAUAUGGGAGAAGGUCUAGUAAGGGUGGGGAAGAUUACUUUUAAUACCAGUGAAGUGUUAGGUAAAGGAUGCGAGGGAACAUUUGUAUAUAAAGGUGAAUUUGAUGGCCGAUCAGUAGCAGUUAAGCGAUUAUUACCAGAUUGUUUCACAUUAGCUGAUCGUGAAGUAGCACUUCUUAGAGAAUCGGACGAACAUCCUAACGUUGUACGAUAUUUUUGCACAGAACAUGAUAGAAUGUUUAGAUAUAUUGCUUUAGAAUUAGCAGAAGCUACUUUACAAGAUUACGUAGUAGGAAAAUAUGACAGAGAAAAAAUAUCAGAGAAAAAUAUAUUACGACAGGCUACAUCAGGACUUGAACAUUUACAUCUUUUAGAUAUUGUUCAUAGAGAUAUAAAACCACAUAAUGUCCUUCUAUCGGUUCCUGGACCACGGGGAGAAGUCAGAGCAAUGAUAUCAGAUUUUGGUCUUUGCAAGAAGCUACAAGUUGGUCGUGUAUCAUUCUCGCGACGUUCUGGUGUAACUGGAACAGAUGGUUGGAUAGCACCAGAGAUGCUAAAUGGAGAAAGAACGACGUGUGCUGUUGAUAUUUUUUCUCUUGGUUGUGUUUUCUAUUAUGUUCUUUCUGAUGGAAAACAUCCAUUUGGUGAUUCCUUAAGAAGACAAGCCAACAUACUUUGUGGGGAAAGUGAUUUAACAGCGUUACAUAAAAUAUCUGAAAGUGAUAAAGAAUUAGCAUUAAGCCUUAUAAAAGCAAUGAUUUCUGAAGAUCCGUCAGAACGACCACCAGCUACAGUAGUCUAUAAUCAUCCAUUAUUUUGGAAUCCUAAUCAAGUACUUAGUUUCUUUCAAGAUGUCAGUGAUCGUGUUGAGAAAGAACAACUUGAUAGUCCAGUAUUGUUAGCUCUUGAAAGUGGUAAUCAACGAGUUGUCAAAGGAGAUUGGAGAAUGCAUAUUGACAAUGAAGUAGCGGCGGAUCUUCGAAAGUAUAGAAGUUAUCAUGGUGAUAAUGUAAGAGACUUAUUAAGAGCAUUACGAAAUAAGAAACAUCAUUAUAGAGAAUUAAUGCCAGCUGCGCAAAAAAGUUUAGGUGAAAUUCCCGAAAAAUUUACGGAAUAUUGGCUUAGCAGAUUUCCAUGUUUAUUAUGUCACAUUUGGAUUCAAAUGCAAAAGUUUCGUAAUGAGCCAACUUUAAAGCGUUAUUACCAUGUACAAUAUAAUUUUGUUUAUCUUAACGAAAUAGAAGAGAAUGAAAUACAAGAAAAAGAAGUGAUUCCUUCAUCACCACAAAAAGUACAAGAUGGGACUGUUAAUUGGAAUCCAAAUCGAGGUAGAUAUCGAGGAUACAGGAGAAAGCAAGAAAAAAAAAAAAUUGUCGAAUCAUCGACGUUGGUAUUACCAUCACUUUAAGUAAUUUUAUUAUUUAUUACAAAUAUUUAUGUGGGAGAGACUGAUUAUGAUACGAAAGAUUAAAAAUUACACAAAUGUUGUUAAUUUUUUACAAUGAUUUAAUCUUAAUAAUAAUCCUGAGA